CCUCUCUCGUCUCUCCUCUUCUGUUCUAACCCAGAGGACAUCGGGACCUCUUCUCCCCCCCUUUUACCCGGAGACAUGGAUCUAUGGUUUCAUUCGAUCCGGAUUUGCUGGUGGAGGGUUUUGUUUCUGAUGAGUGUUUUCCAGGACUAUCUGAGCUCCAUGCUGGACUGCCCGCCGACCUGCAGCUGCUCUCAAACAGAGAUCUAUUGCAAUAAGUCUGACAACGGCAGGUUUUUCCCUUUACUCGCCUUGCAAGAUACUGGGAACAAUGGGACCAGUGUUGACAUCGCAGAGUUAUUCAAAAACAUCACCUCUAUACACAUAGAGAACUGGACGGGAUUGCAGACUCUGAGAGAUGUUGAUAUGGAGCUCUACACCGGACUGCAGAGACUAACUAUCAUGAAUUGCAACCUGAGGGUGAUCCAGGCGCGAGCGUUCGCUCAGAACCCACACCUACGCCACAUAAACCUGUCAAAGAAUCCUCUCAGCACUCUGUCAUGGCAGCUCUUCCAGCACCUCCAACUCUCCGAGCUGCGCCUGGACAGCGUGGUGUUCGACUGCGGCUGUGAUAUCCACUGGAUCCAGCUGUGGCAGAAGAGAGGAGACGCCGAGCUCCACACGCAGCAGCUGUACUGCAGGAACGGAGCCUCCAAGAUACGACUGCACAACAUGUACAUCACAAACUGUGACAUACCAGAGAUCAGUGUGAGCCACAGCAGCGUGUUGGUGAUGGAGGGAGACAAUGUGACGGUGAGAUGCAAUGGAUCCGGAGAACCGCUGCCUGAAGUGGACUGGACUGUCAGCGGGCUGAACUCCAUCAACACACACCUGUCCAAUGUAUACUGGCCGAACAUCCACUCUAUCAACCUGACGCUCGUCAACAUCAGCCGAGAUGACAACAACUUCCUGCUGACCUGCAUCGCAGAGAACGUGGUGGGGAUGACAAACUCCUCCAUCCAGCUUAAUGUACAAUUUCCUCCAAUCAUCCUGAGGCUUGCUGAGCCUGAGCAGCGCCAUGACACCUGCAUCGAGUUCACGGUUCGGGGUUACCCCCAUCCCAAGCUGCGCUGGUUCUACAAGCAAAAGGAGAUUCUCCAGAACGACUACAUCCGAACUGAGAUGGACUUCUACCAGGACUACCUGGAGGGCUGUCUGACCUUCCAGAACCCGACGCACAUCAAUAAUGGCAACUACACUCUGGAGGCCAGCAACCCUUUGGGAACGGUCACUAAGACAGUGUAUGGUCACUUCCUCAUGGCCCCGGGCAUGGAUGAAGAUGACGUAGUGGAACUAGUUCCUUCGACGCCGCCAGGUGGUGAUUUAGGCCGACCAGAUGAAGACACAUUUGGGGUUUCCAUCGCUGUGGGUUUGGCGGGCUUCGCUUGCGUCCUCCUCCUCGUCCUUUUUGUUCUUAUCAACAAAUACGGCCGGCGCUCCAAAUUCGGUAUGAAAGGUCCAGUGGCUGUGAUUAGUGGUGAGGAAGACUCUGCCAGCCCUCUUCAUCACGUCAACCAUGGUAUUAUUACCCCCUGCACUCUGGAUGCGGGUCCUGAUGCAGUUGUCAUAGGGAUGACUCGUAUUCCUGUGGUGGAGAAUCCUCAGUACUUCAGGCAUGGACACAACUGCAACAAGCCGACUACCCUUGUCCAGCAUAUAAAGCGGAGAGACAUCAUCCUGAAGAGGGAGUUGGGUGAAGGAGCGUUCGGAAAGGUCUUCUUGGCAGAGUGUUACAACCUCAGCCCCACCAAGGACAAGAUGCUGGUGGCCGUCAAGACACUGAAAGAUCCCAAUCUGGGGGCGAGAAAGGACUUCCAGAGGGAGGCCGAGCUGCUCACCAAUCUGCAGCACGACCACAUCGUUAAAUUCUACGGAGUGUGUGUUGACGGAGACCCUCUCAUCAUGGUGUUCGAAUACAUGAAGCAUGGAGACCUCAACAAAUUCCUCAGAGCCCACGGCCCAGACGCCAUGAUCCUGGUCGACGGCCAGCCGCUGCAGUCCAACGGAGAGCUGGGCCUUUCCCAGAUGCUGCACAUCGCCACCCAGAUUGCCUCAGGCAUGGUGUACCUGGGCUCCCAGCACUUUGUCCACAGAGAUCUGGCAACACGUAAUUGCCUGGUGGGCAAUGGCCUGCUGGUCAAGAUCGGAGACUUCGGCAUGUCCAGGGACAUCUACAGCAGUGACUACUACAGGCGUGGCAGCUGGGCCGGUUCGGACCUUGCUGGGGGCAACGCCAGCAGUUAUGAACCACUUGCCUGCUGGGUUGGAGGACACACCAUGCUACCUAUUCGCUGGAUGCCCCCAGAGAGCAUCAUGUACAGGAAGUUCUCCACGGAAAGCGACGUCUGGAGCUUUGGAGUCAUCUUGUGGGAGAUCUUCACCUACGGGAAGCAGCCUUGGUUUCAGCUGGGUAACAACGAGGUUAUCGAGUGCAUAACCCAGGGUCGGGUUUUGGAUAGGCCACGCAUUUGUCCCAAGGAGGUGUACGACAUCAUGCUGGGCUGCUGGCAGAGGGAACCGCAGCAGCGACUGAACAUUAAGGACAUUCAGAAGGUCCUGUUCGCCAUGGGGAAAGCCACGCCGGUCUAUCUGGACAUCCUGGGCUAGCAGCGGCCCGGGGUGUUCCUCGACUCAGACCGACUCUCACGAAUCCAGGAAUAACCAAACCAACCUACUCCACUGUCGAACAACACCUACAAUGUUUGGGAAGGACUUAAGUGCCUGCAACACUUUUGGAUAUAGUGGAUAAAACGUAUUCAAAAAACACGCACUUUUACAUUUUGUUUACUUCCGUAUAAGAUGUACAGGUUUGAAGAAGACUUUUUUUUUUUUCGAAAAACUGCAAAAAUACACAAAAAUGGAGACAAAGAGGGCGGUGUAGUGGAAGGGCAAGAGGAAAACGGCCACAGUUCGAUGUUAUUAUGGAGAGAACACACAUCAGAGUUAAAAUCUAUCCUGGGUUUAUGAAUAUAUAUAGAAAUAUUACAUAUAUUUUAUAUUUAUUUCUUUUUGUCAGGGUGUUGAAGGGUCUGCCAUGUGCGUUGCUAUAAGGGCUCGGCCCUGUCCGAAGACGUCACCGACUUGACGAAGGCAGCCUUACUUGCACUCUGAUUGGCUGGAACUGAGCUUCCAAUGGGAACUCUGCUCGUGUGGAAUAACACUGGAUGGUUGAAAAAAAACAAGGAGCGCUCUGUAGAGGACCUACCCAAUCAGACAACCGACAAAUCUAUUUUAAUUUAAAAAUAAUGUACAUAUUGUAAAAUUCUAUGUGUCAAAAUUAUGUUAACUUAUUUUUUCGGGUGUUAUUUUGGUUCUUUUCCGACUGUGAUCUGGGCGGCUAAAGUAUAAAGCUAUGGUAUUUGUUUUCAUCCUAAUCUAGAGAUUUCUCUUGGGAACUACCUGUGUCGGUGCUGGUAAGUGUCUCGUGGUGAAGCUGAGUGGCAGUGAAUACAGUUUGAAAAGUCAGCUGACUGCGAAUCACAGAGACUCUGGAGACUUGGGGGACGAGUCGGCGCCAUCAACACGACACUUUUCCAAAGAGGUGAUGAAGCCUCCUAUUCACGUUCCAGUUCAUAUGCUUUUUAUGGCAAGAAUAAUGCGUCGAUAAGUAAUAUCUUACACCCCACCCCUGAAAUACAUACACACGCUUUGAGAAACUGUUCUGUCACUUUUAGGCGUAUUGGUGUGAAACUGCUUUUCCACUCUAAAGAAAACAUUUUUGUAACUGAAAGUCUGAAUCAUUUGUUAGCUGCAGGUGUGUGCGUCGCGUACACGCAAGGAAAUCUGUAACUUAAAGGAAUACUUUGACUUUUCGAGAAAUACGCUUAUUUGCUUUCUUGCUUAGAGUUAGAUAACAAGAUUAAUAUACAUUUAAUAAGAUCGCUACCACUCGUGUCCGAUCUAAAUAAAGCUUGCGACACGUUAGCGUAGCUUAGUAUGAAGACUGAAAACGGAGAUUUCCAAAGGUAAAAAAAAAUCCACCUUCCUGUAAAGCACAUAAAUCCGUUAGCUUAGUUUAGCAUAAGCUAACGGCUUAGCUUAGCAUAAGCUAACAGACUUAUGUGAGCUUUCAGUUGCUGUAAGUAGCUUCAUAUUUAUCGUACAGACACGAGAGUGUUCUUGAUCUUCUCGUCUAAUCUUCGGCAAGAAAACAGUUGAGUGCAUUUCCUGAAAUGUCAAACUGCUGAUUCCAAACAUUUUAGAUUAACACCAUGAGAAUCCUGUCGCUUCACAAGAGACGAAACAUGAUGGCUGCUUCCCUCACAUUUCAUUUAGAACAACAAAAUAAAAACGUUUUGUUUCUACUAUUUUUGAUUUCUUUUCCAUCAACUGUACAUGACUCACAGUCACUGUUUUCUUCCUCGCACUCGUGGCCUUUGCAUGUUUAGCAAAGACGAGGUUUUGCACCCGUCGCUUGCUUCGAUAAACACCUGUUCUGCUACGAGCAGAGAGGAGCCACUGAAGCAGGUAGAUACUCGUGUUCGUUAUGAUCAGUGAAGUGGAUCAGCUGACUGUGCUGUUGCUCGUUCCAUCUUGUGUUGAUAGUUACAGUAUUUAACAAACUGGAAAACCUGAAGAGUUUUGUCCCAAAAUGUGGCAGAAGAACAUGACCCCCAAAAAGCUUAACAGCAACAAAAACUAAAACCAAAUGAAGUUACUUUUAAUGACUCGUUUGUAAUUAAGUGCUAAAAUGAGUUUUAACAGAGUGGAAUCUGUAGAUUUCUCAGACACUGAAUGAUAAACCUCAGGCAACGAUUUUAUUUGAUGUUGUAUCUGGAUAUAUAGUAUUUUGGACUCUUCACAUCUCUUCCUUAUUAUCCUGAUAUGAUUCUCACAGUAUCACAGUGUUGUCUCUCUUCCCCUUGGGACUAUGUAAAUCAUUAAUUAACAUUCAGUUACUUCAAGUCUUUUGUAUGAGAGGCAGGAUCCAACCGGAGGAGUUACCCAAAGCAUUGAGUGUUUGUGUAUUCUCUUGUGGUAAAGAUAAACGCUUAAAGACAUUAUGACACAGACCGUGAGCAUUUGCAGGGUAUUGUAAUCCUUUCAUGGUGAGUUGAAUAUUGUUUAAAAAGUUUUCUCUUUUCUUUUGUUGGAUGAACUAACUGAACACUUUUUGAAGCAAAGUUGGCAUAUUACCAUGUACACAUGUUACAGAAUAUAAAAAUGUGGUAUAACAACUGCAGUAUAUAACAUACUGGUAUUCCAUGAUAGAUCUUUGUAUUAAUGUGACUCUCUUAAGAAAAUGUCUUCAAACAAUCAGACGAUCUCUUUUUCCAUUUUGUCCUGUCUUAUAAAGAUGUGUAAAUUUGACUAAAUCUCGUCUUCAUCUAAAUCUCUCAGAAAGCUGAACGACGUGUUCGAUGUGUGUUGUCUGCUGUUCUUCUAUCCAC